UGUAUCGGUCGCGCCGUCUGCUACGCUUUUUAUUUCGUUUUUUCCAUAGAAAUUAUAACUUUACCUCUAAUUUAAGUUACGCUCGUUUUGGGGGUCUCUAUUCUUCCGUUUCUUUUUUUUUUACGUUUUGACUGUGCGCCGCAAACAUUAUGACGCUUGGGGACAGCGCCCGAGGCUGAAGUUGUUUGUGUAACCGCCCCCAGCUACGUUUUCGCCGUCGCCUUUGUGUCGCUUGUAUACUUUACAUGGCACACACGCACACACACACACACACACACACACACACAUAGAUAACAGAUAUGUGCAUUUGUUCAUUUGCUGCUACCGGUUGCUUGCGGUUUGCCUUUUGACCGUUUGUGUUGUUGUUUUUUACGGGUUUUUGUGAGCUCCGAAAAGCAAAGAACUUUCCACAAAUUACGGCAGAUAAACAACAAUAAGGCAAUUGAUAUAUUGACAUAUUGAGCCAUGAGCCAAUGCGGGUCACCAACAUUCGAGAAGGAGCUGCGCGAGCAAAUUGAGAACAUGAAUCGCAUUAUGAAAUCCAAAGAACGCAAACAACUGCAAACAUGCCGGGAUCACAAGGCUCUCCAGACACGAUUUGCGCGCCAGGAGAGUCUACUCCACACGAUGCAGCAGGAGAAUCGCGCGCUGCUUACAAGGAUUAGGCAAUACGAGCACUGCCUGGACGAUGUAAUGCGCAAGGUUGUCGAUGCGAUUGUCGCCGAGGAUAACCUGCGCGAGGAGGUGAGCAUGUUGAAGAGUCGCGUGCGCGAUCUGGAGGCACAGAAUGCGGCGCUGUCGGCGAGUCCGGUGAAGGGACGCGACGAGGGCUACUGCACGAUGAGCAGCGGCCAGCCGCAGCCGUCGAAUGGUCAUCUGGAGGAUUUGCCGGAGGAGCCGGAGCAGUGGCUGCUGCCAGCGGAGCCCUGCUCCACGGAAAUGGAGGACUGGAGCAUGUCGCAGGAGGAGCUGGCUGUGAUAACCUUCGACGAUGAGCGCGAACAACUGCAGCUGCAGCGCCGCAAGCGGGAGCACGACUGGCUCUGGCCCUCGAGCGACUUCAUCAAUUCGACAACCGUCGAGACCGACGACUCCGUGGCCGAUGGCAUUGCCCAGCUGCUGCAGCAGAAGCUCGUCUACUCGGAGGAUGAGGAGGUGGCCUGCACGGACUUUACCAACGAUUUUUACAAACUGGUCAACAUACGCUCCAAUUCGUCGCGCAGCCUCUUCUCCUAUCUGGAGGGCGAGACCGACGAUGAGGAUGAGGACGAGGAGGACGAGCAGGACUCGAGCAUGUCGGAGAGUCAGAACAAGGCGCGCGUCAGUCCCACGCCCAGCGAGGCGGGUCGCGCACAGCUGACCAGUUGCUCCUCCAGCGAGACCGAUGACCACUCACUAGCCCAACAGCCGCCGCAUGCGGAGGAGGAGGAGGAACACGACUAUGCCGUCAUCGAGGAGGGCCGAGUCGUCGAUGUGCCGGCACCAGCUCUGAACGAACAGCAAUGCAUAACACAGAUCAUCAAGAGCGAACUGCGCAGACCGAAUCCCGUGCUGGUCAAGUCGAAGUCGGUGCUGGAGGAGCAGGAGCCCAGCUGCAUACUGCGCCACAAUCAGCGGCGCGAACUCGAGUCGAGCGUGGUGCGCAGCGACAGCAUCAGCUGCGCUCUGAUGGCCAAAAUGGCCAAAGAGGCGCCACCCGCGCCGGCGGUGGUAUCCAAGCUGAAGGAGCGACUGUUACAGCGGCAUGCGCCGCCGGCGCCGGCCAACUCCUGGCGGCGCAGCAAUGGCUGGAAGCGUGUCACCUCGCCGGUUGCCGUUGCACCAAAGAAGGAAACAAAGUCAACGGAGUUGCCAAAGAGCUGCCAGCAGAAGGCGCCGCCCACACGAAUUCCAACGUGCAUACACACUUCCUCCACAUCCACGAGCUCAUCCUCCAGCUCCUCGUCGCCAUCGUCACCGUCGCCACAACAGACAACGACGACGACGACGCCGCAGAAACCGCCAGCGCAGCAGCAACAGCAGCCGCAGCGAAAAUCCAAAAUUCCGCCACCCGUUCCCGUGCGUCGUUCCUAUGCCAGCUAAAAAAAGGAGAUGCCACGCCCCCACACAAACAAAAUCUCAUACGAGCGACAAAACAUGAGCAGAAAAUGCUCCGCAGUAGAUUUAAACAUUUAAAAAGACUAAAUUGUGAUAUAUAUUCAAACUAAAACGGGAGAGAGUUAGAGAGAGAAAGGGAAGCAGGAGCAAACAUUAAUUGUGCAUUCACGAAUCAGUGUUGCCAAUAUAGCUAUAUUCCAGCUAAAUGUAGCUAUUUCUGGCACAUCAUAUAUUAUAUUAUAUACAUAUGUAUGCAUAGGUUUUUUGGAUAAUAUUUAUAUAUUAUGAUUGUUCCAAUGCAUUCUCACUCGCUCGACGUGCUCUAUACGCUUUUGUAGAGCAGCGCUCGCAGCGUGCCCGAGACGUAUGUGUUCCCAAAUUGCAUUUCCAAACGAUAAAAAACUUCAGAAAAUUUAUAUAUAUAUAUAUAUAUAUAUAUAAAAA